CGUAAUAUGUAAUUAAAGAUUGGAUACCAAUUCGGAUUACCUAUUUCAAUUGUUGUAAGGUAGCGCGCUAUUCAAUGAAGAAAACAUACUUUAGGAAAGUUGUUCAGGUUAAAUAUCUCAGACUGCUAAGGAGAGAUUCCUAGUCUGGUAGCAGGUUAUUGGAUCAGUUGGGUAGUCAGCGCGUUACCGGUGCGAGAAUCAACUCCGUACCCUUCCUUCAGAUAGUUACCGCUUUGCACGAGCUGGAACCAGUAUUUACUGCUCCAAAAUAGUCGUUCUUACGCUUCCGGGGGUCUCCCUCUCUACAGUGAGGUUCUGUUGAUGAAGACUAAAAAAAUGAUUUAAGGUGGCAUUGUCCACGGAGAAACCACCCCAAAGCCAAGUCACUAUGGUAUCCCCUACUAAGCAAACGUAGGCUUGGGCUCGAAAGCAAGAAGAAAGGGAUUAAGCAACUUAGGUCAGAUUUAUGUGCCCCGCUUCCCGUUGACUUAAACGAUGACGGGCUGGUAUAAAUAACCUCUCUCGAACUUAGAAUAAUGUCCUUGCUGUGUAUAAGCCUCCAACCCCAAUGUACCAUUAAGGGCUCUCGGCCAACGGUUCCUGUACCCCCGCUAGUGCCACUGCCAGGCCCCGAAGAAGACUGUGUUGUAAAACAUGCAUGCGCAGAAGUCGGGAGAGGUUAUGCAAUAUACUCGACCGAAGGGAGGGAGAGGAAGAAUUCCAAACUUUUCUCUCCUCUCCCCGUUGUUCGAGCAUAUUCUAAUGAGUAUACCCAUUACCAAAAAUGGACGUCACUUUGUGACACAUGCAGAUAGCCGCCCCGCGCGACGUUAGCGGAGCAUUAGGGUUGGAAGUGGAAGGCCUUCCGUACCAUCACAAGAUUGGUCGUUCUUGGACGGAUCCUGCCCCCUUUACGUAAGGGAUAGGGGGAAGGUUAUGCAGGAACAGCCGUACGUACCCAACAAGAGAAAGCUAUAUUGGGUCCCCAGGUUACUCUCGAUAGAGGUAAGGUCUUUCAGUUAUGUGUUUUUUCAUAAUAAAGAAAGACUCAUCUCCUUUCCUAACCUCCUUUCGUCCUUUCAACCGGAUUGGAGAAUUGAUUAGAUGAUCUGCAGCCAUAAACCUCUGCUCUGGGCAACCAUCGGGAAAUGCCAUUCAUGAAAGGUAAGGUAGAACAUCUUUCAGGGCGUGGAUUUGUUUAUGUCUUUUGUUGAAUCUUUUUCACGGCCCGAUAGAUAAUUUGAUAAGCCAAUGAUUUUUUUCCGUGUUUCAGAAUACGGAAAAUGGUCGGCUUGGGGUCGACUGCCUUCUUCUCACACUCUCAUAGCGGACAUCGGAAGCUCUUGGGCGUGGGGCGUGAUAAAGGGUUGGAAAGUAGGCCCGGAACCAUAGUGCUUCUUGUAACCGGUCUUCUUCUUACAGUAAGCGCUGCAAUUGAUUCAAUUAUUGGCCUAUCAGCUCUUGCGCACUCAUUGGCUGGGAUAGAAGAAGCUGCCUCCACAGCCGCUGAAGUAAAUUGGAUCAUGAAUCUUCUUCAAGACAAGAGCUCAGCCGUAGGAGGAGAAGGAGCGCUGGUCGCUGGUGGCUUUGAGUUUAAUGAGUCAGGUGCAGUGGAAUGAAUCGCAGUUUUCCCUGUGACAGAUCAUCUCACCUUUUUAAUCUGCCUUCUAGGGAUUAAAAACUGAAGCUCUAUCCGGCAGUGAGCUUCUUCUGACCCCACUGAAAGAAAAGAUGUAAUAAAUAAGAAUUACUACUUAGUCAAGUAUGAAGGGAACAAGGUCGGCGACUCUAAAGGAGAGGAAGGAGGCAUGAAAAUCGUCCCCUAUGAACCUAAAAAUAACUCUGCUUUAGCAAGUGCUAUAGCUUGCCAAUGGACGAGCGGGUGGGAUUUUGCUAUUAUGGGAUGAACUCUUUGCAUGCUCUUUCGAGAGUUUAGAAACAUAUCUGAUCUUUGCCAUCCGACCUCUUGCAUUGCAUUAUCAUAACGAAAAGAAAAAAGAGAGAUUGCUCUUGUGAUUCGGAAUGAACCUUUCUCGCUACGGGCGAUGCACCCAGGCUCCCCAAGCCCGCAUAAAAAUAUGCCACUGACGUAAGUAAAGCUAAAGUAACGGUAGUAUUUAUAUCAUUCGUGGGUGCGGCUGGUGUAUUUCCCCUAACCAUGAAAAGGGUAGCUUUGCUAACAAUUCUUUGUCUACCAGAACGAUUGCCAAAGGGUUGAAUGGAGAUAGUGCAUCAAGCUGUUCGCAAGGGGCAACUUGAUCCUCUUCCCAUCAAGAUUCCACGUUGUGUCAAUGUUUAGUAUUAUAGGGAGACGUUCAAGGAUAACAUGAGUAGUUGUUACGUGUACAAAGGUGUGAGGUGCCACGCUUCCAGCCUCAUGGAAAGCAAGGAAGUCAACAUGGCAAGGUAGGGAAAGGCGAGUCCCGUGUGGAAGGGCUCUCUCUCAACGGAUCAAAGGUACGCCGGGGAUAACAGGCUGAUGACUCCCAAGAGCUCUUUCUUGGAUUACUAUUUUAUUAAGUGACUGAGAAGUCGGCCCAAAAAACCAAAAAGCCAAAUCCCCGAAUUUAUUGCCCUUCGCCGCCUACAAGCGAUUGGUUAAGUCUUUCUUUUCCUCUGGUUACUAAGAUGUUUCUUCGACUUCACUCGUUGGCUCCGCGUCCACCAGUAGGCUUAGUGAUAACUAAUUAGAGUUGACAUGAAAUGCAACGAACAAAUCUCCGUUGGACGGGCCAAGCAAGAAGGAAAGCACUGGUUUAGGGAACGCGCUAUUCGAUGAAGAAAACAUACUUUAGGAAAGUUGUUCAGGUAGCUCAACUGGUUAGAGCAAAGGACUGAACAUAUGAUAAACCUUCGGGCUCACAUAUUCCCUCCCUCUCCUUUCAGUCGAGCAACUUUGUUCCUUCGCCCGCCAAGACUAACUUCGGAUUGGAUUCUUUUAUCCGGACGGCACCAAAGGCCUCUGCCCUUCCGUCCCUUGGAGCCGUUAUACGGUUUUCCCUCGGUAAGGAUUGAGAAACUUGAACCCCCUUCUCCGGCACCGAUGCCGGGGCCCUAUUUGCCGGCGUUUCCGUAACCUCUUUUGUACAGAAAAAUAGGAAAUCCGAUAUCCGAUAGAUUAUGGCUUCCUCACUAUCAGCAAGCCAAGCCCAGUGCCUGGCAGAGCUAAAGGGCUUCAAUCCUUAUUCCUUAUCCCCAUCUUUGCCCAAGCUUUCCUCAGUGCCAGGCAGAGCCGCUAUAAAAAGGACUUUCUUUGUCUUCAACUUCAAUAGGGAGAUCAUGAACGCUACAGGUGUGGGAGCGAUCCUGGUCAGGGAAGGCUAAGACGACGCCUCUUGUCUAUAGCUCCUCUAGGGCCUUUAAGACUUAAUUUCUUCUUCUCUCCCAAUGAAAAAAAUCGAAGCAGUUUGUUGAAAUUGACCUCCACACAAAGUCUUGCGAAUUUACCUUUCAUCGCAUUUUCCCUUGUGGCGUCUACUCUCCCUGGGUUACCGAUGGUCGCUCCAGGAACGAAGAGAGCUCACUCCACAUAAAACUAGCACUUCUAUGAUAUUGGUAGGCGAGACAAACCUACAUCCUUUGAUACAGGAUUAGGCGGGCAAUUUUUUUCUUUCUCUCCACUCGAUCAAUCCGCCAGCAAAAAGCGUUCCAUCUGUUCCUGAAUAGCUUCUUUCAAAAGGGCUUCCGCUUCUUCGGUGAAUGUUUUGGUAGAAGAAAUUAUUUCUAGGAACUGCGGUUUAUUGGUUUUUACAUAGGUCCGUAACUCAACGAGAAAUUUCCUUACUUGUCCAAUUUCUAAUGAAUCAAGAUCAUCAGU